AUGUCUGAUGUCGGAAAUUCUCUUGCUGUUGAUGCAGAUUCAUACUAUAUUGAAUUAAUAAAAGAAGUUUCUACUGCCAUAAAAAAAUGCACAGGAUGUAAAUUGAAAGAUGGUAACACUCUAGAAGAUUUGGUUACUAAUUAUUCAAUUUUACUGUCCUGUGUGACUUCACAUUCUACAAAUAUAGAAAAAAAUAGAGAUGUUGAAAUAUUUUACAAGAUAUUUCUUAUAGAAAAAUAUUUACUUAAAUUUAUUUGUGAACCCGAAAUAUUGACUGUAUGUGAGGCAUUAAGGGGAAAUUACAAUAAUCAGAAGAUUAAAGAGGAUAUAGCAGUGUGCAGUGAAAAGAAUUAUAAAGGUGUUAUUAAUGCAUUAAAUUGUGAGCAAGAUAUAGAAUCUUUGACUUUUAAAUAUUACAAGCAUGUUACACCGCAGAUGGAUGUUACAACAACUGAAAUUUCUGAAUAUGUUUUACUUGUUUUAUACAUGCGAAGGGAAUAUGUUAGGUUUUUUAAAAUCUAUAAUCAUGUAAAACACUCAUUAUUUUCUAAUAGACUGGCAAUAUUACUAACUUUUAAUGAUGAUUGUGAGUUUACUGCAAAAUGCGAAAAUAUAAAAAAUAAGAGUUUUAUUGAUUUACAAAUUAUAAAUAAAGAAGUACAAGAUAUUGCCAGAUUAACAUUUUUAGAAAAUGAAGAUUAUGAAACAUGGAAAAAAGGAGUUGAGUAUUUUUUUAAUUGGAAUGAAAAAGUAAGACUAUGGAUUAAAAAUAGAUGUAAUUCAUCUUGUUUACUAGAUAAGUCUAUGAUUGAUGAAUGUAUUAGAAGCAAGAAUUAUAAUGACGGAUGGAUUAUCUAUAAACAAGGCAAUAGCUCUAUAGUUAAUGAAUAUCAAAAGAUUAUUAUACUUUGUAUUGAAGCAAUUAGACAUACAUCUGAUGAUUUAUGGACUAAUAGGCUUCUAGAAGUAAUGGACAUGGCUAUUGAUAAACAUGAUCUUCAUAUUUGUUGUGAUUUAGUUCAAGAUAUAUUUCAUAAAUUAGGAGGGGUAUGUGAAAAGCAAAGAUCUAAGAUUGUUAAGCAUUUUAUUAAAAAAAUACGCGUAAUGGAAAACAAUGAAGAAAUUGUUACUUAUAUUAUUAAAGGUAUUAAUGAGUUGUGUAAAGAAUGUAUUAAUACAGAGACAUGUGAUUUGUGUGUUGCACACGCCAAUCUUAUUUACACCGAAUGGAAAAAGAAUAACACUGGUGGAUUUUUUUUUAAAAGUCACAGUAAAUUUGAAACAGAAAUUUAUGAAUCUAUGCUCGAUAUGUGUGAUACUAUUGAUGAUUGCAAUGGAUUUAGAAGUGUAUGUAAAGAUUUAGUUAAUAAUGAUGCUAAAAUUAAUAAAGGAAUAUAUAAGAAAUUACAGAUAGUACAUAACAAAACAUGCAAGAAUUGCAAGCAUGAAAAUUAUAAAACCUUGAAGGUUCAGGAUGAACAUUUGUUACUAAACUAUAUUUUUAGUGGAUUUCAUUUAUAA